GGAAAACUCAGAGAGAAUAUUGUGCCUCACAGCUGUCUGAGCUGUAGUCAAACAUCAUGGUGCGGUUCCAGAUAUCUCGCCUCUCCGUGAAAAACGGUAAACAUGAAGUGAUACAUGCUGGGAGCGUCGUCCUGGCUGUCAUUGCUCAGGUGAUCUCAGACAUCUUCUGCAACCUGGCAGAGGACGGCAACGUGCCCAACGCUCUGUUUCAGACCUCAUCCAGGAAUGUGACUGAGACCUUCCCCCUGGAGGUGACGAUGGACUGGUGGUCUGACAGUUACUGGGUUAUCAUUGACUUGUGGUCUAAGGCGUGGCUCUUGUACGCAGUGGUCAACCUUUUCAAAAGAAACGUCCUUGGUCCGGAUAUCCACCCCCCAGUAUUUUAUCUGAUGUGGACCAUUAUCAACAUUGCAAGGAUGUGCAGAAUGUCUCUAUGGGACAGACACGAUAUACUUGAGGCCGUCAUACUUGGGUGGAUCCUCCCAGUCCUCAGCUUCUACAUGCUCUACAUGUCCUACUCUAACCUCAACAAGCACAAGGCCUGGUUAGCCAUUAACAACCCUCGUGUGAUCUCGUGGACAUGUUACCUGACCCAGAAUGGUUUGGCAGUGUUUGCCUGGUGGUCUCUCUUGAACGCUGUGGUGGGUCUUGGCAUCGUGCUCAAGUACAAAGCCUGUGUGCCGGACCCACUGAUGAGCACCAUAGUCCUCACCAUAGUCUCCUUGUGUGCUAUAAUAUGGUUCAUCCUACAGAGCUGCCCGUUAGCCAAGUACAUGCGCUACACAUUCAGCGUUUACGCCAUUCUCAUCUUGGGCCUGGGUGCAAUGUUCACCAGAAGCUAUCGUUUCCAUGACCUCGCCCCAAACACGGCCUAUUGUGGUUUCCUUAUGCUCCUGAUGACCAUCAUGAGCUUGAUCCACUUAAUCUCUGUAUGUUUGCACAAGGAUAAGUCAAGCAAACCUGGUGACACGGAGCCCUAUGUGGCAUUCAAGGACUGCGAGACAGUGUGGCACACUGACCUCAGAACAGACAACGCCAAGAACGACCUCUGCAAAAUCUGAGUUCACGUGAUUGGUGAACAAACAAAGAACGGAAUAUCAAACAUGUCCGAUGGCUGAGAGCACAACCUUUGAAGAGGAUGCUGAGCAGAAUAGAACCCAACAUCAGAUGAAAGCAUGGGGGGGGGGGGGAGACAACAGGGACACAAUGAAUGCCUCUAUGGAUGGACAUGCUGACCGCACAGCCCAGUUUGUUUUCACUGGGACAAAUAAAGAAAUGUAAUGCAACAUGGUCCCCCCCUUAUUUCAAACUAUUAUAGUAAGAUGCAGACACAGGAUAUGAUGUUGAGAACCAUAGAUUCAUUUACAACAAACUAACCAUAAUCUUGCUUUUUGUGAAGUGUUAUUAUGGUGUUUACGGACAGACAUUAGAUUACAAAAGCGAAUCAUGUUGUGGGUGGAUGUCUGUGACCCGGACCAUAAACUCACACUGGCUAUGUAUUUGACGCCCCCCCCCCCCCCCCCCAUUUGGGGGAAAUUCUGCAGAAUGUUAUUAUCUUCAAUGGGCUUCAUAAUGCAGAACUGAUGUGCUUCCAGGGUCGCCGCAGAAAGACACCGCGUUGGAGCACACAGAAGUGGUAAAUCAGUAAUUCGGAAUCAGAUCACUGUAAUUUAGUUUUGUGUACAUGUUUGAGUAAGUAAUUCCGCUUCCAGAAACAUUGAUUUUGAUGCAAUAUCACACUCAGCUGCAGUACAGUAGGAAUUACAGAGCUGCCUGCAGCUCAAUAUGGAGGAUUUUUCAUUCAAGUUUGAUUUAAACAUCUUUUCCAAAUGAUAGGUUGAUUGGUUUUAAAUUUAAAUAUGUUCUGGUCUUCUUUGUCUUCUAUGAAUUUGAUAAUUGAUGAAUCAGUUAAAUUCUCAGUGUGUAGGAUAUAUGGGGAUUUAUAGCCACGAUAAUCACCUGGAACUAAGAAUCAUUGUGUUUAUGUUAACUUAGAAUGGGCCCUUCAUAUCUACACAUCCUCUUCACGGAGGCUGCCAUGUUGAAACUAUGUUUCUACAGUAACCCAGAAUGGACAAACAAAAGUCUUCUCAUAUGGGAAUAUUUUCCUCGAUCUUUUGAGAUGGUAAACUGAAUAUUUUGGGGGUUUGGACCAUUUGAUCGGCAAAACAAGACAUCGUAAGAUUUUGGGCUCUGGGCAAUUAUGAAGGGGACUUUUUUUGCCAUUUUUUGGCAAUUCAUUGAACAAGGGCUUAAUAACCGAUCAAUCAGGAAAAAGAAUUGUUAAUGCUUUGGAAAGCAUAACUGAAAUAAAUAGGAGAGGGAUGAAUUUGGAGCGUGCACUCACACUCAAGUUAUUACAGUCAAACAGCUACAUUGGCCCUCUGUGGUGAAAUAUAAUAACUGUUAUUCAAAGUUUACUCAGAUAUUUUCUGAGCUUCCAGCAGAAAGCCACUUUCAGUUGAGUCAGACAGUCUAGUAGUAUCUCCUAACAACAUAAUGCAUCAGCUUAGUUGAUUAAAUAUAGCUACGGCUUUAUACCACGUUGGCUAUUACAAUGUAGCAGUGAAACAUUGUUAGGCAAGAGCAGAAGAUUACAGUCCUCCCAUAACAUUUACCACCCAGUAUCAGAUCAGGUCUGAAUUUUCCUUUAGAACUCAAUUUCAACUAUUCCCUCCCUGACAAAUAGUUCCAUUUUUAUAAAUACCAACAACUGUUCAAAGUAAUUUAAAGAUGUCCGGUGAUAGUGUGUGUUAAGAGUGGCUGCCAAGUCCAUUAAAUUGCUUCAUGGAUGUGAGUCCUGCACUGUGGUGUUAUCACAUUUUUCCUCCAGAGUACUGGGGCCAAAUCCUCCCUGGAGUAAAAGACUGUGGGGGAAAGGCAGACGUGAAGGAGGAAACAGAGGUGUUUUACCGUCUGGCAAGCUUUUAAUUGUUUCUAUACUCUCCAAAGACCCUUUUCUCCAGAAGAGAAAUAACCUAGAUAUGCAAAUGUACAUCAAUUAAUUUAAUUCAUAUAAUUAUGCAGAGAAAAUAGAUUGGUUUGAGAAAAAGAAGUCCUACCUUGUGCCAAGUUAUCCUCCCUGCUUAAGCCCCCUCCCUCUGCUGGGUACAGCUAAAUUAAAAUAUUGAAGCAUGCUCUGCAACGCAUAUGAGCAUCAAUUAUCUCUGACAUUUUUGUGAGUGGUCUUAAGCCUUUUUUAAAUCAACAAGCAGUGAGUUGGUGGAAGUUAUCAAUACAAGUAGGUUUAAACGUAGUGACUAAAUGCAUAAACAUGACCUUAUGACCCCACUUUCAUUGCAUUUGAAUGAUAUAAUCAGAAAUACAGCUUAACACUGGCCUUUAUGUCAUCACAUUUUCAGAGGAAAUAAUAUAAAAAUGUCUUCCAAGAAUCCCAAUCUGCAUGAUAAGGGAAAUUGUAAUAAUUUCCAUUUUCAAAAUACUUUGAAAAUCUGAACUGCCACCAGAAAUUAUAAAAAUUCUAACUAUCUUUGCUUUAUAGAACUUUUUUGUCAAUAAUAAUGACAAAGUAACUUAAUCCACUCACUCAAGAGAGUUUAAUUCUUGAACUAUAGUCUGUAAAUGUGUUUAUUAACAACAAAAUAUAUACAGUACACAAAGCAUAAAAAGAGAUUUCAAUCAUCAUUAAAAAUUGUGUUUUAUGACUCGUUAAGAAAUGUACGGCUUUGGUCAUAUAUAAUCCAACAGUUGUUAUAUCUGUUAUGUAUAAUUUAGGUAAUAAAUUGGCUAAUUUCUCAGGAGUAUUGUGGUUUCAGGUGUCUUGACAACUUUCAUUACAAUAAUUACAGUCUGCCUUGGACCUAAACCAAGACUGCCAUGAAUGCGUUUUGAAUGACUGCUAGGCUAUUGGUGUUCAGUCGGUGUUUACCGGGUGUAUGCAUUUCAAAAAAGCUGAUAGGGCAACAACAACAUGCACAAGGUUGACAUAUUGGCUUUCGCUGGAAGCAAACAAACUGCAACAAUCCGCAUUAUUACAACUGUGGCACAACCGUGGCAAACCGUGGUAAGACAAUUAGAAGAUAUGUAAAUGCUUUGAAUUAAUUAAUCCCAUGACACAGCUACACUAAUUAGCUGUUAAUCCCUGACUCCUACUGCUCCAUAUUUAAGACAAACCCACUCAGUCCAGAUGUGAGGACAACAGACACCAAAGAGUGAAAUCUGUAGGAAUAAUUAUUACUUCAAAUUGAUGAUUUUUUUUUUAAACUGAGCAUUGAUAUAGUCUUCUAGGACACAAACCAAAAAGGAACUUGAUGUUAAUCAAAAGAUAUAGCCUUUAAUUAACAGUUGUGAUUAAGGGAGUAAUAAUUAUAGAGAACACAAUGCUUUAGUGGCCUGUAAAUUACUUUAAAAAGAUAUAAUUCAGUGUCACAUAUUUAGAGCUGAAUAGCUGACAUUAAUCAAAACUGUCAGAUGUUUUCCACAUUUGUGAUUUCUGCAUUAACUGCUUAUUAUAUCUGUAGUAACUUACAUCACUGGAUAAUUCUUGAACUACACUUGUUUAUGUUCAUUUGACCUGGUUCAGUCAGUCUUCCCUACGUUUGUCAAUUGUGUAUUGUAUAACUGUCGCAUAACGUGUCAACACAAAUCAACGAAGCCCGUU